AUGGAAAAGAAUAUGCUAUUGCAUAUGCCAGUAAGAGCCUCACAUGACCUGAAAGAAACUACUCGGCUACAGAAGCUCGAUGGAUCUUACGUCUCCAACUCUACUACUUCUAUAUCAUUCAUCGUGCAGGAAGGUCCACAACAAUGCAGACGCAUUAUCAAGGAUAGUGGAAGAGACAAUAGCCAAGAAUAUUUCUAUGAAGAUUCUAAUGAAGAAGUAGAAGAAAUACCCUGGGCCAGUAACAAUGAGUGGAACGUAUGGGAUGAAGAAGAAGAAGUCCUCACCACCUAUUUAGAGCAAGCAAGAUGGGGAGAGUUAACUCAAGGCCUCGAGCUUGAAGAAAAACAUAGCAUUAACCCUGACUUGGAUCAAAGCUAG